CAGUGGAGCUGGCCUCGGCACCGGGAGAGGCUGGACUUCCCGUCUCUCUGUGCUGAAUGGCUGCGAUGGCGCCCGCUCUCACUGACGCAGCAGCUGAAGCUCACCACAUCCGAUUCAAGCUGGCUCCCCCGUCCUCCACCUUGUCACCUGGCAGUGCCGAGAGCAACGGCAACGCCAACAACAUCCUCCUGGCUGCCAACGGCACCAAAAGGAAAGCCAUUGCUCCAGAGGAUCCCAGUUUAGAUUUCCGAAACAACCCCACGAAGGAAGAGCUGGGCAAGCUGCAGCCGCUGGUGGCCUCUUAUCUCUGCUCGGAUGUAACAUCUGUUCCUUCAAAAGAGCCUCUGAAGCUGCAAGGAGUCUUCAACAAGCAGACAGUCCUUAAAUCUCACACUCUCUUAUCUCAGUCCUUCUUGAAAACAAGUGAUCUGUUGGGGAGGCAACCAGUGUUGGAAUUCACUUUGGAGAACCUAAAAACCAUGAGUACCAAUAGCCAGCCACCUCUCCCGCAAGCGCCUGUCAAUGGCUUGGCCAAGAAAUUGGCCAAAAGUACCAGUCAAGACCAUGAAAACUCUAGUUCUCUCAAUGGUGGGAAGUGUGCUCCUCCUUCUGCAGCCCUCCAGGCUGUUGACUAUAACGCAGGAGGUUCUGAACUGGGGGACUUGAAGACCGGGUUGACCAAUUGCACUCUUCCACACAGAAGCCUUGAUGCAGAGCACACGACUCCCUUUAGCAAUAAUAGCACUGCAAACAAAUCUUCCCUUAAUUCCACGGAGCAACAGCGGGUGCUCGAGGGUGGCAGUGGAGAGACUAGGUUGCCCGGUGUUGCUAGUCGCUCUGACUUUGGGAGCAGUAGGUUGGAGGAGCAGAAGCCUUCUCUGUUGGCUGGCCACCACAGUGCUCUGGACUCGGAGAUGAGGACGCGGGCGUUGCUGCGGCGGCAGGCGGACAUCGAGAGCCGAGCCCGCAGGCUGCAGAAACGCUUGCAGGUGGUGCAGGCAAAGCAGGUGGAGAGACACAUCCAGCAGCAGUUGGGUGGCUUCUUGGAGAAAACUCUGAGCAAGCUUCCAAGUCUGGACCCCCUGAGGCAUCGAAGCCAGCUGAUGUUGACCAGGAAAGCAGAAGCAGCUUUGAGGAAAGCUGCAAGCGAGACAGUUACUGCAGAAGGCCUGAGCAACUUCUUGAAGAGUGAUUCAAUAUCAGAAGAACUGGAGAGGUUCACAGCCAGUGGUAUGGCCAACUUGAGAUCCAGUGAACAAGCCUUUGACUCGGAUGUCACCGACAGCAGCUCGGGAGGAGAGUCUGAUGUUGAAGAAGAAGAACUGACCAAAGCAGACCCAGAACAGCCCCACGUACCACUGAGGCGAAGGGCAGAGUGGAGAUGGGCAGCAGACCGUGCAGCCAUCGUCAGUCGCUGGAAUUGGCUCCAAGCCCACGUCUCGGACCUGGAAUAUCGAAUCCGGCAGCAAACGGACAUUUACAAGCAGAUUAGAGCCAAUAAGGGGCUGAUAGUUCUUGGUGAAGCAUCAACCCCUGAUCCUGCAGGAGAUGAUGCAUCCCGUCCCAUUAGUGCUGAAGUGAAGCUGGAGCCUGGGGCUGAGCGCCUGAGUGUUUCUGGAUCCCAGCCACUCGAGAACUUGGGUAUUUCUGCUGCAAAUACUCCUGAACCCCAUCCCACCAAGCCCUGUGGAGCACCAAGACCUGUCAAUGGAGUUAUUAACACUCUUCAGCCUGGCCUGGCAGAACAUGCUCAGGGAGAUGGCCAGGAAGCUGAGGAGCUCUUGCAUAAAAAGCAACGGCUGAACAUGGUUUCCCCCUCGGAUGGGACGUGCGUGGCCGCCCGCACCCGCCCGGUGCUCAGCUGCAAGAAGCGGCGCCUCGUUCGGCCAAGCAGCAUCAUGCCCCUCUCCAAAAAGGUCCAUCGGAACAGCCUGGCCCGGUGCAGCUGCGACGUGAACCCCUCGUGUGCCCUCUGUGGCACUCGCAGCUCGGCCACCCUGGAGAUCCAGUAUGAUGCCCCUCUGCUGGAACGUCUCUCCCAGCUGGACUCCUGUAUCCAUCCUGUCCUGUCAUUCCCAGACGAUGUGCCGACCAGCCUGCACUUCCAGAGCAUGUUGAAGUCUCAGUGGCAGAACAAACCCUACGAGAAAAUCAAAGCUCCCAAAAAGCUCUCGCUCAAGCACAGAGCCCCCAUGCCCACCAGCAGCCUGUCUGACCCUGCUCGCAAGGACCGCCACAAGCUGGUGAACUCCUUCUUCACUGCAGCCAAGCGCUCACAUCACAAAACCCCAGCAGACAAGGCUCACAGGCCACCACCCCCAGACGAGCUCUCGGCCGUGCCCAAGGCCGAGGCAGCGCCCGAGCGCCCGCUUGUCCAGCCUCCUGCCUGGGACAAAAAGCGAGUGCGCGACUGCUCGGCUGAGAGGAGCGAAGUGUUGAAGCAUCACACGGACAUUGGUGGCCCAAGCUACUUGUCAGCAGCUGCAACCCCCACACCUCACAGCCCCAUAGCUCGGCAACUCUCCACCUCCUCAGAGGGCUCUGCUCCAGCCAGCACGAGUGCACAGGGCACCUCCAGCACAGCUCCAAGGAGGAGAAGAGGUGAAAGCUCCUUCGAUAUCAACAACAUUGUCAUCCCCAUGUCCGUCGCUGCCACCACUCGGGUGGAGAAGCUGCAGUACAAGGAGAUCCUCACACCAAGCUGGCGUGAAGUGGACGUCAGUGCUCUGAGAGCCAACCCUGAUGAAGACAACGAGGAGAUUGAGGACUUAUCAGACUCGGCCUUCGCCGCCCGGCACAGCAAGUGUGAGGAGCUGGAGCGCGCGCGGUGGCUCUGGAGCACCAGCGUCCCCCCCCAGCGCCGCGGCAGCAGGUCCUACAGGUCGACAGAUGGACGGACAACCCCCCAGCUGGGGAACCCCUUGACCCCCCAGCCAGCAUCCCCUGAGGUGGGCAACUGCCACUCCCACCCGGAGCUGUCCCACACCCACUCCCCGCGCAGCCCCAUCAGCCCCGAGCUGCUCUCGGCGCCCCUCACCCCCCUCUCCCGGGACUCCCUGCGGCUCCUCUCCAGCGAGGACACACGUUGCUCCACGCCCGAGGCCGGCCUGGAUGAGCAGGCCGUGCAGCCCUGGGAGCGACGCACCUUCCCGCUCUCGUACGACCCCAGGACAGAGUGCGAGGACCAAUCCGACCCCCAGGACCGGUUGUCGCGCUGCACCCGGCGCACGUCGGGCAGUAAAUCCUCCCGGGAGACCGAUGGCACUUCUGCUAGCCCAUCCACGGGUUGUAGUUCCAGGUUAUCCCCAAGGGUGGAGCUGAACCCCCCCAGGCCCUCCCUCUGCCUCCUUCCUCCUCGCCUGGCUCGGGAGCAGCCGAUUGCGGUGCCGAGAUCCGGCUGCCCCAUCCCCCGGGGGAGAAGGAAGGAGAAGGAAGGAUCCUUGUAG